GCGCUGCCGCCCGCCCAGCGCCGCCCGCGGCAGGGCCAUGGCGGCGCGGCUGGGCUCCCCCGCGGGCUUCGGGCACCCCGCUCCGCCGCCACAGUCGGGCUGGGAGCGGCUCAGCGAGCUCUGGCAGCGCGACGAGCUGCAGCGGUUCCCGGAGGAGACGGUGAACAUCGUGAAAUCGGCCUUCACCGGGGCGCUGUGCGGCUGGCUGUACGGCGGGCUGCCGGCCUUCGCCCAGGCCCGCAGGGCCUUCAUCGAGAGGAGCCACGGCGAGCUCUUCCAGAACCGCGCCGAUGCGGUGCAAUCUGCACAUCGGGCUGGUCUCCGGAGUUUCCUCCGCUACGGCUGGCGCUGGAGCUGGAGAGUCGCCGCUUUUGUGACGAUAUUCAACACGGUGAGCACUGGUCUGUCUUUGUACCGCAACAAAACCACCAUCACUAACUUUGUUUCGGCAGGAGCCUUCACAGGAGCCCUUUUCAGAAUGCACUUGGGCUUGCAGGGACUGGCAGGAGGCCUCGUGUUUGGAACAGCGUUUGGGAUCCCUGCAGGGGGCCUCUUAAUGGUGAUGCAGAAACUCGCUGGUGAGACCUUGCAGGAGAAAAGAAACCGUGAGCGCAGGGAGCUGUAUGAACAGAAGUUAGCGGAGUGGCAAUCCAGGCUCAGUGUGACUGAAGUCUUAGGCCAAACAGAAGGCGAUGCCCAAGGAGGACCAGAGAUGGAGACAGACAGAGAAUCUAGGAGCUACUGAUUCUGCCCCAGAUCUCUGUUGUAAGCAGCUACAAAAUAUUUUGGUUCUGCUUGUAAAAGUCUUCAGUCAAGGGGUCAUGGAAGUCUUCUGUGAAUGCAGUUACAUCCUGUGCACUUUUGAAAAAACAUUUUGCUGAAAACAUUGUUCAUGGAUGCGUAUGACUACACAAGAGCUUGGAAGGGCCAAGCCUGUUCCAUCUGAGAAGGUGGAAAUGAAGAGUCUGCAAGCUAGGAAGUGUCAUCUAGGUUUGGCAAGGGGUGAGGUCAGCCCCAGAGCCUCAUCUUGAACCCAUUUCACUGCUGAAAAUGUCUGUACCACCAGUGAUGUAGAAAUAUUCAAGGUAGAGGAACCUAAAGGUUCCUAAAGGUACCCUGAUUCCGAAAGCAAAUUGUGCUCUGGUGAAAGCUGCUUUUCAGACAGCUCCUGGAGAACUUGCUGUUGAAGUGCAAUGCAGGCAGCACCAGAGCAUGUGGUUCUUGCCACCCCCUUCCCACAGCUUGACUGGGGGACUGAUGCUCUUUUGCUGACAGUGUUUUUUUCAGGCUUUUUGCAGAGAAACACACUUGGUUCCUACAGUACUUAGGGUAUCUUGCAAUCAAUGUUGAGGAAGGGUGGAGGAGCUGGGGGUGGUAUGGGAAUACCCUGAAAAAGACAUGUUUUGGAUUCCUCAAUAGAAAGCGUGGCUGUGGGGGCCACAGAAAGGAUGACUUGUUUCAGAUGGUGAUGGGGGAAGAAUGGGCACUGUGGACAGUUUAACAACAAUAUGAAGAUACCUAAUUUCAUUUGAAGUUUGGAAAUUAGGUUACUACCUUUUGGGGGAACUGUGGUUCAAGGCACUCAAUAAAGCCAUCUAGUAGUGGUGAAAUGUGUCUGUAAGCUCUUGACGUUAGUACAGUAUUUGUAUUAGAGGAAUGUACCUCAGUGGUAUCUCUCAUGAGAAGAACUCUUGAGAUCCCACUAGUGAGCAAUAAAGUCUGGUGUUGUGUCAGA